UGCAUGAACGACGACAAAAUACACAGUGUACCUUGCUAUGUUAGCCACCAAGGGGCUCCUUUACGCUAGCUGAAAAAUAACCCAAAAAUUUAGAGAGGUAGAAAGUGACAGCUUGUUCUGGAAAUUAAUGAAAACAAUCAAUGUACAAAGCCCGCAGCGUUUUACUUAUUUGGUUUCUGUACGUCUUUGAAUUAAAACGAGGUGUGUCUGAACCGAUCUCUUCUUGCCUGAGGGCCAGAGCAGACUGAGGAUCUACUUCCACAGCUCCAGAAAAUGUUGCAGAAAUGAUAGCGGCACAGGAUUUGCACGCAGAGUUCCAGUUUCCCCAAGAGUCAGAAUCUCAGUUGUCUUCAGAUGCAGACCUUGAGGAUCCUGAUGGGCGAAAUGCCACAGCGGGGAGAGGCAUGGGAGCAAAAAGGGGGCGGAAGGUGCUGGGAGACAAGGCCAAAGGUGGGGGUGCAGGGAGGGUCUCUGGUGCCGGCUGGGUGAACGGCCAUCAUCAGGAGAACGGGACGGACAAUAUGAGCCUUUUCGAAGUGGUUAAAAUGGGGAGGAGCGCAACACAGUCUGUUGUUGAUGAAUGGAUUGAGGCCUACAAGCAAGACAGAGAUGUGGCGCUUUUGGAGUUAAUCAACUUCUUCAUCCAGUGCUCGGGGUGUAAAGGUGCUGUGAGUGAAGAAAUGUUCAGACAUAUGCAGAAUUCUGAAAUCAUCAGGAAAAUGACGGAGGAAUUUGAUGAGGACAGCGGCGACUAUCCUUUAACACUCUCAGGGCCACAGUGGAAAAGAUUCCGGAUAAAUUUCUGCGACUUCAUUGCUGUUCUCGUGCGUCAGUGCCAGUACAGCAUCAUAUAUGACGAGUAUAUGAUGGACACGGUCAUCUCUCUGCUCACUGGCCUGUCUGACUCGCAGGUCAGGGCAUUUAGACACACAAGCACACUAGCAGCCAUGAAGUUGAUGACUGCCCUGGUGAACGUCGCUUUGAACCUGAGCAUCAACAUGGACAACACUCAGAGACAGUACGAGGCAGAACGGAACAAAGUCAUUGCAAAAAGGGCCAAUGAUAGGUUGGAGCUGUUGUUACAAAAGCGAAAAGAGCUCCAGGAAAAUCAAGAUGAUAUUGAAAACAUGAUGAAUGCGAUUUUCAAAGGAGUCUUUGUUCACAGAUAUCGUGAUGCCAUUGCUGAAAUUCGAGCUAUUUGUAUUGAGGAGAUUGGAGUGUGGAUGAAGCUGUACAGUGAUGCCUUCCUCAAUGACAGCUACUUGAAGUAUGUUGGCUGGACAAUGCACGACAAGCAAGGCGAGGUGCGACUGAAGUGCCUGACCGCCCUGCAGGGGUUGUUCUACAGCAGAGAGCUCGGCUCCCGCCUCGAACUCUUCACCAGUCGCUUUAAGGACCGCAUUGUGUCUAUGACUCUGGACAAAGAAUACGACGUUGCAGUGCAAGCUAUUAAGCUUCUGACGCUUAUUUUACAGAGCAGUGAUGAGGUUCUGACAGCAGAGGACUGUGAGAGUGUGUAUCACCUGGUUUACUCAGCGCAUCGACCCAUCGCUGUUUCUGCAGGAGAAUUUCUGUUUAAAAAGCUCUUCAGCCAUCGAGGUCCAGAGGAUGAAGGUCUACCAAGGAGGGGCAGGCAGAGCCUCAACGGCAGCCUUAUCAAGACAACUGUCUUCUUCUUCUUGGAGAGUGAGCUCCAUGAACAUGGGGCUUAUUUGGUGGACAGCCUGUGGGAGUGUGCGUCAGAGCUGCUGAAGGACUGGGAAACCAUGAUUAGCUUGUUGCUGGAUGAACCCAUGCCGGGAGAGGAGGCACUCACUGAUCGACAAGAGACGGCUCUGGUUGAGAUCAUGCUCUCUGCCAUUCGACAGGCUUGUGAAUGUCAUCCUCCAGUAGGCAGAGGCUCAGGAAAGAGGGUCUUGACUGCAAAAGAAAAGAAAACUCAGCUGGACGAUCGGACACGAACCACAGAGAUGUUUGCAGUUGCACUACCUCUGUUAUUAGCAAAGUACUGUGUGGACAUUGAUAAGGUGACCAGCUUACUCCAAAUACCAAAAUACUUCGAUCUUGACAUCUACACCACCGGCCGGUUAGAAAAGCAUAUGGAUGCCUUGCUGCGCCAAAUCUGGGAGGUUGUGGAUAAACACACAGACACUGAAGUGCUUGAGGCCUGCUCUACAACCUACCACUGCCUGUGCAACGAGGAAUUCACCAUCUUCAACCGCGUGGACAUCGCCCGCUCACAGCUUCUAGAUGAGCUGGUAGACAAAUUCAACAGACUUCUGGAGGACUUCCUGCAAGAGGGGGAAGAACCAGAUGAGGAUGACGCCUACCAAGUUCUAUCAACACUUAAGAAAAUCACUGCUUUUCACAAUGCACACGAUCUUUCCAAGUGGGAUCUGUUCACCAGCAACUACAGCCUCCUCAGCACAGGUUUGCAGAAUGGAGACAUGCCUGAACAGAUUGUGAUUCAUGCAAUGCAGUGCACACAUUACAUAGUCUUGUGGCACCUUGCUAAGGUUUCAGAAGGCAGUUCAAUAAAGGGGGAUUUGGUGACUCUGAGAAAACAGAUGAGAACUUUCUGCUUAAUAUGCCAGCGUUACCUAAGCAGCAUCAACACAGCCGUUAAAGAGCAGGCUUUCACAAUACUGUGUGACGUGUUGCUGAUCUUCAGUCACCAAAUCAUGUCGUCAGGCCGGGAACAUCUGGAGAAUCUGGUCUACGUGCCAGAUUCCUCUCUGCAAGCGGAACUGCUCACCUUCAUCUUGUAUCAAGUUUUUAUCGAUCAGGACGAUGACAGCAACAGCACAGAUGGACAACAAGAUGAUGAGGCCUGUAAAAUUGAGGCUCUGCACAAACGGAGAAACCUUCUUGCAGCCUAUUGCAAAUUAAUUAUAUACAACGUUGUUGAAAUGAAUACUGGAGCCGAUAUAUUUAAACAGUACAUGAGAUAUUACAAUGACUAUGGUGAUAUCAUCAAAGAAACGAUGAGUAAAACGAGACAAAUCGACAAAAUCCAGUGUGCAAAGACGCUCAUAUUGAGUCUGCAAAAGUUAUUCAAUGAGAUGAUGUCUGAACUUGGCUUCAACUUUGACCGCUCAUCGUCAGCUUUCUGUGGAAUCAAAGAACUGGCUCGACGCUUCUCUCUAACCUUUGGUUUGGACCAGUUGAAGACUAGAGAGGCCAUUGCAAUGUUACAUAAGGACGGCAUCGAGUUUGCAUUUAAAGAACCCAGUCCUCAAGGAGAAGGGGGUCCGCCACUUAAUCUGCCAUUUUUGGAUAUCCUCAGUGAGUUCUCAAGCAAACUCAUUCGACAAGACAAGAGGACAGUUCACAUGUACCUGGAGCGAUUCAUGACGUUUCAAAUGGCCCUCCAGAGAGACGACUGCUGGCUGCCCCUCAUCUCAUACAGGAACUCGCUGCAGGCCGGGAUGGACGACGACACCAUGUCUGUCAUCAGUGGGAUCAGCAGUCGGGGGUCCGUUCGAAGCAAGAAGUCCAAACAAUCCGCUGUAAGCAAAAGAAAACUGCCCGAAGAAGAGAACAGCAGCAGCAGCUUUGACGGAGUCUGGAUGAAUCGUGAGCAGAGUGUGCCCACGCCGGUCAUGAUGCACUCGUCCCACCUCACUUCCACUGUGCUGAGGGAUCCAAAGAGGAUGAGGCCGGAGGACGGCUAUGCCGCCACGUUCUCCAUGCCAGCAGAGCAGCACCUUCAUCAAGCGCUCCCUCCUCAACCGCUGCCUCAUCACCAACACCAGGCUGCCAUAGAUUACAACACCCAGGUGACCUGGAUGCUGACGCAGAGGCAACAGGCUGAAGCCCGUCAGCACCAGGAGCGGAUUAGCAUGCACUACGCUAAGAUGAGGAACCACAUGCAGCAAGCAAUUCGCCGAGGAUCCGGAUUAAUGGAGGAUGAUGAGGAACCGAUAGUGGAGGACGUGAUGAUGUCGUCAGAGGAUCGCUUGGAAGAUAUCAAUGAGGGCAUGGAUUUUAAUACGAUGGAGAUCGAUUUGCCUGCAUCUAAGAAUCGAAGAGAAAGAAAUGAACUAAAGCCAGAUUACUUUGAUCCAUCUUCCAUUAUGGAUGAUUCGGUUCUUAAUGUUUCAAUGUUCUAACACGAACUGGAUCAAAGACAAUGCAUCAUGAAAAUCCUCUUCUUGGAAGAAGAAAUGACCGUUCUCUGUGAAAUCUUUGAAAGGAAAAGGUUGAAAUGAACUAUUACAAUGGUCUUUUGAGACUCCAGUAUUUGCCUCUUUAACACUUAAAGACUUGGAGGGAGAGCCUUGUGUUAAAUCAUCCUGCUGUUUUCAAACACUAUUGUUGGUCAGGCUGCAGAGAAACACGAUUCUGUUUCAGUACCUGAUCUCUAGAAGAAACCUUUAGAGGGGGGUACAUGUGGUCGGUGUGUGCAGGCUUAAUUUCAGACGUUUAAUGUUGAUCAUUUUCCCUUUUCUUGCAUUUGGUAUAUAAAGAGUUGUCUAAUGUAAAUACAAAGUGGCCAACAAUCAGGAGACGUGAACACAAUUUCAUUAACAUUAGACAGAUUUCUGGAUGAAAACUACUAUUCUCAUGAUUUUGGUGUUCAGUGAUUGUCUGAGAGACUUUAAUAAGAACAGAUUUUUUUUUAAAGACAGGGCGUCUCAUCUUUCUUAUAGCUGUUACUUACAGGAUUGAUUCCAGGUAAAUCUAAAGACAAACUUGCCAAA